CAUGAGAAAGUGUUCAUUUCUUCAGUAAAUCUUAAACACGAAGUCUCAAUAGGACGCAGUAUAACACCAAACUGUCUUGUGGAUUAUUUGCUAAUUUUAAGUGACAGAAACUUUCAUUGGCUCAGUUAAAAAAAAGAUACAUGAAAUCAAACAGGACCAGUUCAGGAUAUAUUUUUAACGAUCAACAAAUAUAGAUUAGAAUAGAGGUUAUUCAAUCAACUUCUACAGAGUAGAAUUAAAGAUAUAGAAAUUGCAGUGUCAGCAUAGUUCUUCCCAAUUCUAACACGGUCAUCGUGUUUUUUUUAUGUUCUUUCGAAUAAUAUCUAUUCAUAAGCAUUCUUCUGUUCAAGGACUAAUCAUGGAAAAAAUAUUUAUUCUAUGUAUUAUAAUUGCUUUGUCAAUAAACGUGAAGGCUGUUACUUUUUUCGAUUUGCUGAAAAGUUAUGGUAUACGAACAGCGUAUGACAUUCACACUGUUUCACUUCCAACUCAAAAUGAAUAUGAUUUUAUUAUCAUUGGAUCGGGCUCUGGAGGCUCUACAGUGGCUAAUCGUCUCUCAGAAAUCAGAAAAUGGAGAAUUCUAUUAUUAGAAGCAGGUCAACCAGAGGGUGUUUUGAAUCAAAUACCUAUCCUUCUAGCUAACUUCCACCAAACAGAUUAUAAUUGGGGAUAUAAAGUAGAAAAACAGGAAAAUGCUUGCUUCGGAAUGACUAAUGGACAAUGUACUUGGCCCCGAGGAAAAUCAUUAGGUGGAACUAGUAGUAUAAAUGCUAUGAUUCAUACAAGAGGUAAUAGAUUCGAUUACGACACAUGGGCUGCUUUAGGAAAUAAUGGAUGGUCUUAUGAUGAAAUCUUACCCUAUUUCAGAAAGAGCGAAAACUUCCGGGUGCCAGUGACAUAUAAUACAUCCUUUCAUGGUAAAGACGGAUAUUUAUGUGUAGAGCACAUUCCAUAUCAUACUCCAUUAUCGACUGAAUUUUUAAAAGCAGGUGAACAACUAGGAUAUCAAAUUAUUGAUUAUAAUGGUCCUGAACAAAUUGGAUUUUCAUAUUUACAAGUAAAUAUGGAUCAUGGAACUCGUUGCAGUGCCUCGAGAGCUUAUUUGAGAGUGAAGAGAAAUAAUUUGGAUAUUGUAACAAGAGCAUUAGUAACAAAAAUUUUAUUCAAUGAUAAUAAACGUGCUUAUGGAGUUGAAUAUGUAAAAAAUGGAGUAAAAAGAAUUGUACGAGCGAGUAAAGAGAUUAUUUUGUCUGCUGGGACGAUAGACUCGGCUAAAUUAUUGAUGCUCUCUGGGAUAGGACCGAAAGAACAUUUAGAGCAAUUAGGAAUUGAUGUUAUAAAAGAUUCUAAAGUUGGAUUCCACUUGUAUGAUCAUAUUGGAUUUUUUGGUUUGACGUUUGUAGUUAAUGCAAGUGUGACUCUCACAGCAAGAAAAAUGUUAUCACCUACUUAUACGAUGCAAUAUUUAAGAGAUAGGAGUGGACCCUUUUCAAUACCUUUAGGAGCUGAAGCAUUAGCUUUCAUUAAAAGUAAAUAUGCACUUGACGAUCGUCCUGAUAUCGAGCUUUUAUUUUUCUCAGGUGGAAUUCAUUCAGAUAAUGGACUUGCAAUAAAGAAAAGUUAUGGUAUAUCAGAUAAAGUAUAUAAUCAAGUUUUCAAACCACUUGAAAAUCGAGAUGCUUGGUCAGUAUGGCCAAUAGUCCAACAUCCUCGAAGUCGUGGACGCAUUACACUUAAGUCUAAAAACCCGUAUGAUAAUCCAAUUCUCCAACCAAAUUUUUUUACUCAUCCAGCGGAUGUAGAAAUUAUUUUAGAAGGCAUAAAAUAUGCUAUCAAAGUAGCAGCAACAGAACCACUUCAAAAAUAUCAAAGUAAACUAUAUGAUGUGAAAAUACCUGGAUGUACUUCACAUAAAUUUGCCUCGGAUGAUUAUUUUCGAUGUGCAAUUAAAACUCUCCCAGCCAUGUUAAACCAUGAAAUAGGAACAGCAAAAAUGGGGCCUGUAACUGACCCCGAAGCAGUGGUGGAUCCAGAAUUACGAGUUUAUGGUGUUAAGGGAUUGAGAGUGGUGGAUGCUUCCGUUAUGCCAACCAUGCCCGUUGGACAUAUUAAUGCAGGAAUUUAUAUGAUUGGCGAAAAGGCUGCAGACAUGAUUAAAUUAGCAUGGAACAAUUAACAAUAAUUAUUUGCCAAAUCUUAAUUAUAUUGUUAGAUAUGUCAAUAUCAAUUGUAUAUACCAUC